UUUUGCUGUGAAAAGACGAAAGAAAUAAAUCAAGAAAAAGUGAAAAGUCUUUAUAGAAAUAAAAAACCGAUAAAAAAGGAAAUAGCCAUAACAAUAGCUUAAAGGAAGAGGAAUACAUAGUGAAAAGAGAAUCAAAAUAAAAACACAUAAAAGUGGUGUAAAUCAUGUCGGCGAUGUCAUUAAAUUUGAUUUUUGUAGCGACCUUUUUCGCAUUUAUUCUCUUGGUUAAUGGAAAUCCAAUUGAUUCAAAUGAAAAAUAUGAUAUAGUCGUUUGUCCAGAAGGGGCACAAGAGCAGAAUGGAUUGAUUGAUGGUGUUGUAAUCUAUCCAAGAGAACAUCGUUGUUCCAAUGUCGGAGGGAUGUGCGUGGAGAAAGACAAAUGCAGAAGUUUAGUCUCGGCAAAUGGACUGUGUCCAAAUAAUCAGCAUAAAGGUGUUGAGUGCUGUUUUGAACUCGAGCCACAAUUCCUCCCAUGUCAUCAGCUAUGAGCUCAGCUUUUAAAACAACAAAAUGUUUACAUUUUAUUUUUUUAAAAUGAUAUUUUUUUUUAUUUAUUUAGAUCGUGCCAAUUUUUAAUUAUUAUGUGUUACAAGUCUUGAAACAUUUGCAAAAAAAAAAAUAAGAUUAUUAAUUUCAUUAAAAUGACUGACAAUUAGUUAAUGUCAGCGACAUAUUAAUAAUAAUUUUAUCUUGUUUUAUCUCAUACAUUCUUUCGAUAUUUU